AUUGGGCCAUUUGUGGGGAUUUAGAGGCCCAUCUGUAUAGCAAAAAUUUAGCCCAAAUCGACGCAUAAAAAUAUAAUUAGGGUUUGAAAUUGCUGAAGCUGAACCACACAUCGCUCGUCACUUCCGCCGCAGCUCUCCUGCCGAAACAGAGAAAACAAGACAAGAAAUGGCUCGGAUCAAGGUGCACGAGCUUCGGCAGAAGAACAAGACGGAGCUGCUGGCGCAGCUGAAGGAUCUUAAGGCGGAGCUGGCGUUGCUGCGGGUGGCCAAAGUCACCGGCGGCGCACCCAACAAGCUCUCCAAAAUCAAGGUUGUAAGGUUGUCCAUCGCGCAGGUGCUCACCGUUAUCUCGCAGAAGCAGAAGUCCGCUCUGCGCGAAGCCUACAAAAACAAGAAGUAUUUGCCCCUCGAUCUCCGCCCCAAGAAGACGCGCGCCAUCCGCCGCCGCCUAACAAAGCACCAGGCUUCUUUGAAGACAGAAAAGCAGAAGAAGAAAGAAAUGUACUUCCCCUUGAGAAAGUACGCCAUCAAAGUCUAACUUUUUCCGCGGUAUUUAAACCCACCAUUGGAGUAUUAUCAAAAUUUAUGUGCAAUUGAAUUUCAAAUUUCUUUUUGGCAUUACUUCAAAGACCUCAUGGUGUGAAAACUAGAAGCUUGGGAUUAAUGGUGUGCUGUUUUGUACCCCUGCUACAAAUUUUGUUAUUGAGUAAUUCAUGUUCAUUUAUUUCCCAA